UUCUUUUUUUGUCGUCGGAGCUGCUGGGUUUCUCUGAUUUUACCUGGCGACAGUUUGCAUUUUCCGCACUUGCUAUGGCGCAACUGGAAGAACUGGAGCUGCUGAAGAAGAGUCUCGGGGAAGAGGCUGAGCCGCCGGCGGAGCGAUUUCAGAAGAAGGUGGAAGGUUCCAUUUCUAAAAUGGUUUUGAACGGAGGAAUGGAUAACCGGUACCUGGUGUUAGCGGUCAAUAUUGUACAGAAUGAAGAAGGAACCCAUGAAAAACACCUAAUCAUUACUGCUUCCCAGUCACUAGAAAAUAAAGAACUGUGUAUCCUUAGGAAUGACUGGUGCUCUGUACCAGUGGAGCCAGGGGACAUCAUUCAUUUGGAGGGAGACUGCCUAUCUGAUACUUGGAUAAUAGAUGAAGAUUUUGGAUAUUUGAUUCUAUAUCCAGACAUACUGAUUUCUGGCACAAGCAUAGCCAGUAGUAUUCGGUGUAUGAGAAGAGCUGUCUUGAGUGAAACUUUUAGGAGCUCUGAUCCAGCCACGCGCCAAAUGCUGAUUGGUACAGUUCUUCAUGAAGUAUUUCAAAAAGCAAUAAGCAAUAGCUUUGCCCCAGAAAAGCUACAAGAAUUUGCUUUUCAAACUGUUCAAGAAAUAAGGCAUCUCAAGGAAAUGUAUCGCUUAAAUCUGAAUCAAGAAGAGAUAAAACAAGAAGUAGAGGAGUAUCUUCCUUCAUUUUCUAAAUGGGCCAGAGAUUUCAUGCAUAAAUAUAAUUCAGCUGACUUACCCCAGAUGCAGCUCUCUCUGCCGAGUGAUGGUAAUAACAAUAAUUCAACAUGUAAUAUUGAAGUCAUAAACUCAUUGGAUAUUGAAGAAAGCAUUUGGUCCCCUAGGUUUGGAUUGAAAGGCAAAAUAGAUGUCACAGUUGGUGUGAAAAUACAUCGAGGAUAUAAAACGAAAUAUAAGAUAAUGCCACUGGAACUUAAAACUGGCAAAGAAUUAAAUUCUAUUGAACACCGUAGUCAGCUUGUUCUGUACACACUGCUGAGCCAAGAGAGGAGAGCUGAUCCAGAGGCCGGCCUGCUCCUUUACCUCAAGACUGGCCACAUGUACCCUGUGCCUGCCAACCAUCUUGAUAAAAGAGAAUUAUUAAGGCUAAGAAACCAGAUGGCAUUCUCUUUGUUUCACCGUAUUAGUAAAUCUGCUAUUGAAAAGGAGAAGACAAAGCUUGCUCCUUUACCACAAAUAAUUGAGGACCAGCAAACUUGCAAAUAUUGUUCACAGAUUGGCAACUGUGCUCUUUAUAGCAGAGCAGUGGAACAACAGAUGGAUGACAGUUCAGUCCCAAUUGGCAUGCUGCCCAAAAUAGAAGAAGAAACCCAACAUCUAAAGCUUACACACUUACAGUAUUUCAGCCUUUGGUGUCUAAUGUUAACCCUGGAGUCACAGUCAAAGGAUAAUAAAAAGAAUCACCAACAUAUUUGGUUAAUGCCUGCUUCAGAAUUGGAGGAGAGUGGUAACUGCAUUGGAAACCUGAUUAGAACAGAAUGUGUGAAAACAGUUUGUGAUGGACAAUAUUUACAUAAUUUUCGACGGAAAAAUGGUGACAUGCCUGUCACAAAUCUAAUGGCAGGUGAUAGAAUUAUUUUAAGUGGAGAAGAGAGAACACUGUUUGCUUUAUCUAGGGGAUAUGUGAAGGAGAUUAAUGUGACAUCAGUAACCUGCUUAUUAGACAGGAACUUGUCAAUACUCCCAGAAUCAACUUUGUUCAGAUUGGACCAGGAAGAAAAAACUUGUGAUAUAGACACCCCCUUAGGAAAUCUUUCUAAGUUGAUGGAGAAUACUUGUGUCAGCCAAAAACUUAGAGAUUUGAUCAUUGACUUUCGUGAACCUCAGUUUACAUCCUACCUCAGUUCUGUUCUUCCAUAUGAUGCAAAGGAUACAGUUGCCUGCAUUCUAAAAGGUUUGAAUAAACCUCAGAGGCAAGCAAUGAAAAAGGUACUUCUUUCAAAAGACUACACACUCAUCGUGGGUAUGCCUGGAACAGGAAAAACAACUACAAUAUGUACUCUUGUAAGAAUUCUCUAUGCCUGUGGUUUUAGUGUUUUGUUGACCAGCUAUACACAUUCUGCUGUUGACAAUAUUCUUCUGAAGUUAGCGAAGUUUAAAAUAGGAUUUUUGCGUUUGGGUCAGGCUCAGAAGGUACAUCAAGACAUCCAGAAAUUCACAGAGGAGGAAAUUUGCAGAUCCAAGUCCAUUAAAUCCUUAGCUCUUCUGGAAGAACUCUACAACAGCCACCGUAUAGUUGCAACAACAUGUAUGGGAAUAAACCAUCCAAUAUUUUCUCGUAAAACCUUUGAUUUUUGUAUUGUGGAUGAAGCCUCUCAAAUUAGCCAACCAGUCUGUCUAGGGCCACUCUUUUUUUCUCGGAGAUUUGUGUUGGUGGGCGAUCAUCAGCAGCUCCCUCCCCUGGUGCUAAACCGUGAAGCAAGAGCUCUUGGCAUGAGUGAAAGCUUAUUCAAGAGACUGGAGCGGAAUGAGAAUGCUGUUGUACAAUUAACGGUGCAGUACAGAAUGAACAGUCAAAUUAUGUCCUUAAGUAAUAAGCUGACAUAUGAAGGAAAGCUGGAGUGUGGCUCAGACAAAGUGGCCAAUGCAGUGAUCAGCCUGCCUAACUUUAAAGAUGUAAAGCUGGACCUGGAAAUUUAUGCUGAUUAUUCUGAAAAUCCUUGGAUGAUUCGAGUAUUUGAGCCAAACAAUCCUGUUUGUUUUCUUAAUACAGACAAGGUUCCGGCACCAGAACAGGCUGAAAAGGGUGGUGUGAGCAAUAUCACAGAAGCUAAGCUAAUAGUUUUCCUGACCUCUGUUUUUAUUAAGGCUGGAUGUAAACCCUCUGAUAUUGGUAUCAUUGCACCCUACAGGCAGCAAUUAAAGAUCAUCAAUGAUUUAUUGUUCCUAUCUUCUAUCAGGAUGGUUGAAGUUAACACUGUAGACAAAUACCAAGGAAGAGAUAAAAGUAUCAUUCUGGUAUCUUUUGUUAGAAGUAAUAAGGAUGGACCUCUUGGUGAACUCCUGAAAGAUUGGCGACGUCUUAAUGUUGCUAUAACCAGAGCCAAACAUAAACUGAUUCUUCUGGGAUGUGUGCCCUCACUGAACCGCUAUCCUCCUUUGGGAAAGUUACUUCAUCAUCUAAACUCAGAAAAAUUAAUCAUGGAUCUUCCAUCAGAGGAACAUGAAAGUCUUUGUCGUGUAUUGGGCGAUUUUCAAAGAAGAUAAAGCACUAUUUUCCUUGAUUUCUUAUACUGGCCUAUGAGAUCUCCUCUAAAUAUUACCUGUUAUUUGCAGUUUGGAUAUGCUGUAAUGCAGUGCCUGGUUAGAUUGUGAAGAUCACUUUUAUCCUAAGAGUAGGAAAUGGUGUAAAUGUACUUUGUUGAGAGUUCCAGUUUUUUGUUAUAUUUAUUUAUUUAUUUUGGGGGGCUAUAAUCUUGUUAAAGUUCUAUCACUGUGUAAAACUUAACACACUAUUAAUUUUUUCACUAUAGGUGUACCCAAAACUGAAAAGUCCAAGUUUUGUAGGUACUAUCAGUGUGUUUUUGUGUGACCUAGAGAGAGUUUGAUAAAUUUUUACCAGCUUUAAUGAUAGAUUAACUUUUGGAUCUGAGAAACUUAAAGUCUAAAAUUUCAAUCCUGAUUUGAUUUUGUAGAUUUUUAUCAUAUUUUCUUUAUUUAAGAGAUUAGGUAAAAAAGAGUUGAUUUGUUUUUAUCACUUAAGCACAAUCUUGUGAUGUUAACACAGGUGUGAUUCUUUUCUGUGUUUCAAGGUCUGUGAUCGAAAGGCCAUUUUACUGGUUUUUUUCCCCCCGACUGUUGCUUUUUUGGAAAAAAGUACAUUUUCACUUUAAACCUAGGCUUUUAAAUUAUUACUUAUAAAUGGAUUCUUUCCACUUAAUUUCUUUUUUUUUUUUUUUUAAGAUUUUAUUUAUUUAUUUGAGAGAGAGCGAGUGAGAGAGCACAUGAACAGAGGGAGAGGAAGAGGGAUAAGCAGACUUCCCUGCUGAGCAGGGAGCCGGAUGGGGGGCUUGAUCCCAGAACCCUGGGAUCAUGACCUGAGUUUAAAGGCAGAUGCUUAACCAACUGAGCCAUGCAGGUGCCCCUUCAAUUAAUUUCUGAUUACUCUUUCUCACUUAUUAUUUUUAGUAUUCAGUAUUCUGCUGAUUUUUAUAUAAAAGAAAAUAAUUCUUUGAGUUUUGUUUGCUGAAUUGAUGACAAAUUAAAAAGGCAUAUCCCUGUUUUCACCUAUUGUUCAAAUGCUCCCUUUGUUUUGAGACACUACUCAGUUUUCUCAAAUUUUUUGAAUAAAGAUAUUUUUGUAGGGCGCCUGGGUGGCUCAGUGGGUUAAGCCUCUGCCUUCGGCUCAGGUCAUGAUCUCAGGGUCCUAGGAUCGAGUCCCACAUUGGGCUCUCUGUUCAGCGGGGAGCUUGCUUCCCCCCAACCUCUGCCUGACUCUCUGCCUACUUGUGAUCUCUCUCUGUCAAAUAAAUAAAUAAAAUCUUUAAAAAAAAAAAAGAUAUUUUUGUAAAUCAGAAUUACCUCAAAGUGCUUAGUUAAGAGACAAAUUUUAACCUCAGUUUAUCCACUUUUGGUUGGAGUAUGGAUAUCUCUGUCUCAAAGUUGUUUUUUCCUUUUAAAAAAUGAAUGUGAAAUAUGUCAAAAUUGUUUCUACCUCAUGUUUUAAAAAAAUUACUUGCAGUUUUUUAUUAAAUGAAUUGUUUUCUACUA